GCCCCGCCUUGAUAUUCUCUGAUGCAGCCCACCUCACUCAUUCAUCACAUCCGUUGGUCACUUUUUGAUAUAAGAUCGUAACACCGGGUCUGGGACAGUUAUACUUGAAAGCUGCUCUGACCUCAGAUAUACACGUGUCGGAAACGCCAGUCUGGUCAUACCACUCUUCGAAAUGUCCGCGCACGCGACAACCGACCCCUUCGACGACGUCAUGAACCUUGAAGAAAGGUUCUAUGAAGAAGGCUACACCCAAGGCACAAAAGAUGGCGACAGGGCCGGUAAAAUUGAGGGCCGUUCCGUUGGGCUGGCAAACGGCUACGAUAAGUUUCUGGAGAGUGGGCGUCUCUAUGGCAAGUCACUGGUGUGGGCAAAUCGACUCCAACUUCGAUCACCAUCAUCCGCCGAGGUGGAAGGCGCGGUGGCGGCAAGCACACCAGCAGGUCCCGCAUCGAUGACGGUCGAAUCUUCAACAGGAGCUCAGAAGAAGUGCCUCCUACCGCCACUUCCGAGUACAAAUUCUAGGCUUGAGAAGAACAUCAUUGUGGCACAUGCGCUUGUUGAACCAGACACUCUGUCAACUGAAAACAACGACGACGCCGUCAAUGAUUUUGAUGACCGGGUGAAGAAGGCGCAGGGAAAGGUCAAGGUCAUUGAGCGGAUACUUGGCGAACAGCCUACAGGAAGUGCAACUGCUGUCCAUGGGAAGGCAGGAGGAGCCGCUUGAGGUUUAAUCGAACGAGGUCAGAAUCAAGGUAGACCAGAUAUUCAUAAGGCUUUCGAUGGCUUUCGACUGAAGUCCUCAGAAUUGCUAGCGAAUAAACUGGACUCAGACAGUCAGUCGCCUUGCCUGGCGCAACCAAGAGGGGCGAGCCUACUGAUGUCGCGCCUCGGGGACAAGACCAAAAUAAAACCACACAGAGACGAGGGUCCGAAAGCGACUUCUUGAAUGAAAUCUAUUGUAUUCUCC